AUGUCUGCAUUCGUCAAAUUUUUCUCAACCCCUAAGGGUUCGCGAAAUAUAGUCAGAAGCCUGCUUAAUCAUCCGAAUCACAUCAAUAUUCAAGCAUCUAAGUUUACGGAAAAUGAUGUAAAAGCACUGAGAGUGAAUUUUAAGCCAGCAUCCGAAGAUCUCGUUAUUCCUGAUGAAAAAAUUGAAGAUUUUCCAGAAAACUUUAUUUGCCCCAAAAUAAAUAGAGAUGUUCUCAGUAAAGAAGAAUUUGAAGUUCGAGAAAUAAGUGAUUUUUCCGGUGGGCUCGUUCAAACCUUCUUUGAUAAACUGCAUUUCGUCACGAGAAGCCCACCAGGAAUACCCGAGUCCAGCACUGAUGACUUGGUUGAUGAUCUUCUUCGUAUCGCUCGGCUGAAUAAUUAUCCUUUUAAAAUAGCUUUCUUCAAAAUCAGACUCCAUUCACCAAGUAAACUAUAUAUUUUAAAUGAGCCCUAUGUUUCGGCAACUCCUGACUUUGUGGUUAAAAAAGGAACAAUAUCUAUGGUUGCUACAGAAGAUAAAAGUUUGCGAAACGUUGAUCCUAAAAAUCACUAUGGAGAAAUGCAAAUUGCUGGCGAAAUACUUGCCUGUGGUGAUGAAAACAUACGUGAGACUGGUGAGAUUUCUGAUCAGGUUUUAUUUGCUGUUCGCUUUAUCUCUACCUAUGUUACGUUUUACAAGGCUAAGAUUCCGGUGAAAUAUUGGAAGGAGCUUGGCAAAGGCUUGCCAAAAAAAUAUUCUGUUGCAAUCAAAAGAUGGCCAGGAGAGAAUAAAAAACUAAGUGGUCUUGAUCUUGCAAAUCCGGAGGGAAGGAUAGCAGUAUUAACUGCAUUAUCCAAAAUUCGACAAUUUCUUUUGAAGUAA